UGGGCGUGGCCUCGGGGUGGGCGUGGCGCGGGCUGGAAACUUCCACGGCGCCGCGCGGCGGUUGGGCAGGGAAGCGGGUGAGCAGCAGCUGUGGCCUCCGUGCCGUUCCGCCAUGGACUCACGCAAGCUGAGCGAGCUGCGGGCCUUCGUGAGGCUCUGCAAGCAGAACCCGGGCCUGCUGCACACCGAGGAGCUGGCCUUCCUGCGCGAGUGGGUGGAGAGCAUGGGAGGCACAAUACCACCUGCUCCAGCCAAUGCCUCCGCAGAAGAGACAAGUAAGGGCAAAGCAGAGGAACAGCCAGAGGAACCAGUUAAAUCACCUGAGCCAGAAAGUGAAGAGAGUGACUUAGAAAUUGACAAUGAGGGUGUGAUCGAACCAGACAGUGAUGACCCUCAAGAAAUGGGAGAUGAAAAUGUGGAGGUAACUGAAGAGAUGAUGGAUCAAGCUAAUGAGAAGAAGAUGGAGGCUAUAAGUGCUCUGAGUGAAGGUGAAUUUCAGAGGGCUGUCGACUUGUUCACUGAAGCCAUCAAGCUGAAUCCUUGUUUGGCCAUCCUGUACGCCAAGAGGGCGAGUGUUUUUGUGAAACUACAGAAGCCAAAUGCUGCCAUUAGAGACUGUGACAGAGCCAUCAAGAUUAAUCCUGACUCAGCACAGACCUACAAAUGGAGGGGAAAAGCGCAUAGACUUUUGGGUCACUGGGAAGAGGCUGCACAUGAUCUUGCAUUGGCUUGUAAAUUGGAUUAUGAUGAAGAUGCUAGUGCGAUGCUGAAGGAGGUGCAACCAAGAGCUCAGAAAAUUGCAGAACAUCGCCGAAAAUAUGAGCGGAAGCGCGAAGAAAAGGAAAUCAAGGAAAGAAUGGAGAGAGUGAAGAAAGCACGAGAAGAGCAUGAGAGAGCACAAAGGGAGGAAGAAGCAAGACGACAGGCAGGAGGAGCUCAAUUUGGUGGUUUCCCAGGUGGCUUCCCAGGUGGAUUUCCUGGGGCUAUGCCUGGAGGUAUGCCAGGAAUGGCAGGUAUGCCAGGUCUCAAUGAGAUUCUCAGUGACCCAGAAGUCCUUGCGGCCAUGCAGGAUCCAGAAGUUAUGGUUGCAUUCCAAGAUGUUGCCCAGAACCCAGCAAAUAUGUCCAAGUACCAGAAUAACCCCAAGGUCAUGAAUCUCAUCAGUAAAUUGUCUGCCAAAUUUGGCAGUAAACCAUAAAAUCCCUGGUUCUUAAAAAUCAUAUCUGAAUGGGAAGGAUUGAUUUGGCUAACCAGUGUUGCAAUAAAACAAACCAUUUUACCUCUGAUCUUCUUAAGAAGAGAAAUGGGGUGUUCUAAAGAGAAUUGCUCUCUAGCCCCAUGUGUUGAACUUACUAAUGAUUGGUUUAUAGCACUCAAAUUAUAUUCAAGUAACACAUACUUUCAACCAUCCCUCCUUAGGCACCUAAGAGUUUGCAAACUUUUAUUAUAAGUAUUAAAGACAGUUUCCUUAAAAUGAAGACUCUUGUAUGAAAUUGUAAUAUUCUCGGAUAUAAGAUACAACCUCUUAUGGUUUUGGGGUUUUUUUUAUUAUUACUCUCAGUGGGCAAAGAGGAAGGAACUUUAACAGAUGAAGUCUGUCUUACCCACUUAGGACAGAAUAGUUGAUCUCGUUAUAAAUAGCAAAAAUAAGACUAGUGUGAAGAAUUAACUGGAUAAAGGAAUUGUCUGCAAAUACAAGUCCUUAUUUUUUUAAAUGGGUGACUGACUUUAUAAAACUAUUAAAAAUAUAUAUAUAUUGAUAUAACCAUGCUAGCUAGUUAUACACUGGAACUUCUGGCAGUACUGCAAAUAAUUCUUAUUUUGAUUACCACAACUGUGCAGCAAAGGUGAAGUCCUAUCCUUUGCACAAUCUGGCAUGACAUACAUAUUGCAGAUGCCACAGAAGUUUUGUUGCUUGCUCAAUUCUUGUCCAGCACCUUCAUGUAACAUUUUAUUUAUCAAGCUGGGUAUGGAAGAGCAGCGUAUUGUCUGUACUUGCGCUCUUACCCUUCCCCAGUUGGCAGGUCCUCAGCUGGUUGCACUUACCUUUCCUUGGGGCUGUGCUUACCAGGUUUCAUCUAUUUGGAAAUUUUAGGGAAGGGAAUCUUGUUCCUAUCACUACCUCUGUCCUGUUGAAUGCAAGCCAUCCAGAACAUGUAAAUGCAGAGUUAUAAAUCAGUUAAGGGGAGAGUCCCCAGCAAAAUUGUAGCUCUGGGUUCUGAAUGGGUUUGAGUCCUUGACAUGCUUACAGACAAAAUUCCUUGGCCAAAGUUGUUGGUGUUUUGUUUUGUUUUUUUUCUUUUUAUAUAUCCUGCUGUCUGUUUAGAGAUGAUGACUCUUCCUUCACCGCAUACUGUAGUCUUCCAUCUUUUUUGUAUCCCUUAAAAAAAAAAAAAAAAGAAAAAAGAAAAAGAAAAAAGCUGUUGUCCUGGUUUCAUAUUUCGAUUCAUUGUGAUAAAGAGGAAAAGGUGAAGUAAUUGGAGCAGACAAACAUACUUCUAACACUUGUGAAUUAACAGCAUGGGUAUCCUUGAAACAGCAUGUCUGUGCUGAUUAUGUUCAAUGGAUUUGUGACUACCAAUAAAGACAAUUGUUGCUUCUCUUUGUCUUAGCUAAAACAUUACCCUUCCAUGGAGAAAUUAUGAUUAUCUGUUCACCAUUUAAGUCUCAACACUUCUGUGUUAUCCUUUGGUAAUUCUGUAUCUUAAGCCAUAAUUGAUGUUACUGUUCUUAAUUCAAUCUGGAUUGGUAUAGGAACUCAACAAGAAGUGCAAAAAAUAAAUCUCCAAAUGCAUUUUUGUCAUACUGAUAAGCCUGCAGAAUGAAAUGUGAAUCUUUUUGCUUAAGAAAUAUAGUUCUGAAUACUUCUAGGAGCCUUUAAAAAUAAAGUAUGGUUUUGAAAAAUAAAAUUUCUUGGGUUUGUGUAACUUUCUGGUAAAACCUAUUCUGUUUAAAUCAUUCAUGUGGGAAUACUUUGAUUAAACUGUAUAUAAAACUUGUGAUUUAAAUCAGAACCAAAUGCUUAAGGGCUUGUCUUCAUGACAAAACAAAUUUAAGUUAUGAUCCAAGUGUUGCUUUGUACCUGUUCUUUGAUCACACUUUGAUCUCCACUUCCUGUAAGGAGAUGCUUAAACUCAAAGUAGGUCACCCCUCAGUAUAGGUUGAAACUCCACUUCUACUUCAUUCAAGCCAGUCUGUAUGUGCUGUGCAUAAAUUAGAGUACCCUUAAUACAGAUUCAUUCCCUAUGCUUUCCUAUUACUCCAUCUUAGCUCUUAGUGUCUGUCUAUAUGUGACUGGUUAAAAGUAGGGCGCUAACUCCAGCUAGUAUAAAUGGUCAUCUUUGUGUCCUGCCUGCUUGCUUACAUAUCAGUUGCACUUGUUCAGAGCCCACUGACUCAAGAAAAAUGUUCUCCCUUAAUUUUGGUGUCAGUUUUAGCCAUCUAGAUGAAUUCUUGUGACUCUGUGGAAAUGCACAUCCUGUGACUGCUUUGGUGUGUGGUGGGUUUGGGGCGGGGGGAGGACAGACAUGUUUUUAAUGCUCUCCAUUAAGUUAAUUGAAGACACUUUCAGACCUCCUCUCAUUUCCCCAAGCUGCCAUGUGGACAUCUAAGCAGCUGAACUGGUUUGAACAGAAGUGCAAGUGUGGAAAGUAUACUUGCACUGGAGACCAGCAAAGAUGAUAACAGUUCCUAAUGUAGGAUAUAAGUAGCUCUAUGAGGAAAUUACUGUUUUGUUCAGUGUUUGCUCCAAAUAUGUACUGCCAGCUCCUUCAGGUUAUGUGCUUCUAUUGUAGUACAUGGUAGGGAUUAUUUGUAAAAGUACAGUGACAGUGAUCAAUUUAGCUGAUGAUUUGACUCUAAAAGUACUUGAGCUGCCACUGUGUAUGAAUGGCUCAGGUGGCAUAGUGGGACAACUGAAGGGCUGCAUCAUGUUCAGAUGAGCUUUUCUGUCAUCUGAGGCAACUUAUGCAAUGCGCUCUUGGGCUUAUCCUAUGCCAUGGAUGAGGUGACCUGUUAGGCCAGAGGUUAUAAUACCCCUGCAGCUUAAGUUUAUGGGGAGCAAAAGAGUGGUAGCCCUGUUGUGUUGUAUGAGUUUGAGUGAGCCAUCUUCCUGUUUGGUUCAACUGCUACCCCAAGGGAUUAUAGGAAAUGUCAGGUCAGAUUCUACUUCUCAGACUGUACUACUUCACAGUGAGCCCGACUAAGCUGUAGUAUGGAGAAUUCAAGGCUUGGUGCCUGUCUCAUAACUUAAUUUUUGGAAACAAACUUUCUCUUACGUAAGUGCUGGGCUGUGAAUAAAAGCCAUUUAUCAAAGUGGCCUGGUUUGUCUUAUGUUGGAAGCUAAUAAACAGAUGGGUGGAAGCCAGACUGUCUCAAAGUUAGAUGGAGGCUGGUGGGAUAAGAGUGGACUAAGCAGUGAUAGGCCAGGGGCAGAAUGGGUCAAUAAAUGAGUGUUAGAAAGCCUGUAAUGAUGAAAGUAUGUGGUAGAAACAGAUGCUACUACUACUGGCCAUCUGCAACAAGCUGCAGUUUAAAACAUAUAUUUUCGUUUUUCUUGCAUGUUACCUUCAGGGCCUUUGCAUAAAGCCUGUCCAAGCCUUAAGUCCCAUAUAUGUCUGUAUGUCUCUCUCUUCUGUGAGAUGUAGAAGUAAACAGUAUUAUGGGAGCUUGUAGCCACUGCUGUCUGAACAGAAUACUUGACACAAAGGGACAGGAGAUUGCAGACCUAGGCAGGAUGAGUUGGAGCCAGGUCACCUUUGGCAUGUAUCUUCCUGCAGAUCCUGAUUGGAAGUGUUUAGAGCCUUGUCUGAAAUUCCUAGGCUAUCUAGGUAUCUAGGCUGAGGGAUAUCGGAGUGCUUUCAGGGUUGUAUGGCAAGUUGGUUGCUAGUGUAGUGGUAGAGGCUAUAGAGUUUCCUCUCAUGGGCUGAAGGGCAGUCUGAUAGUGGCUGGUGUCCUCAAGUAGGUGGGUGAUUCACUAGGAAAAUGGUAGCAGUAUUUUCUUCUGAUGACAAGAUCUCUCAAACCUCAAACAGCUUUGUGGAGAUGGGCCUCAACCUUACUUCAUAAAUAAGGGAGUGAGAGCAGCAUCAUAAAAACAAACAAAAUGAAUCUGGAUUACCAAAGAGCUGAAAUAGAAUAAAAAUGGCAGCUUCCAACUGGAUGCAGAGACUGGAUGCAUUGAGUAUUAUAGGACAAGUCGCAGGAGUUCAGGAGUGUGAUAUAGGCAAAUGUAAAUACAGGAGAAGCAAUAACAGUUUUGAGGUGAUAAAGAAAUGGAGCAGGUCAGAUGGUGGCUCUUUGAUCCAUGCUACAGAGCAAUGAAAAAUUUCAGGUGGCUUUGCCUGGGCUAAGAUCAGUUGAGUCACGUUGUGAACCAGAGCUUAGGUUAAGUUACGAUCUCCUAGUAUGGUCCUCCCUAACAGAAACCUUCCUUUUCCCUCACUGACUGGAGGUCCUAUUGAAUGUAAAUAUAUACCCAGCACUUUCCUAUAAAUCUGAAUCUUGAUGACUAACCAAAUCAAGAUGUUAACUUAUGAUCUUGCUAAUGUAAUGUUAUUACUGUACCUGUCUCUGAUGUACAAAUAUGCUUUUGAAAUGUAUAUUCUAGAUGGCUGAUCUCAGAUGAGCUUGAAAUCUGCUUGUCAAUAAAUAAACAUUUGGAUAAUG